AACUGGGCUCUGGCCGGAAGUGGGAGACCGUGGACGGGGAGGUGGUGCCGGCGCCGUGGAGGGGCGCUUACGUCACUUCCUCUGGGCGGGGCCGUGGGCCAUCCCGCGCAAAUUGAAAGCUCCGGCCAUCUGUGCUGCGCUGCGCCCCGGCUUCUCAAGUUCUGCGCCGCGGCCUCGCGUUCUCUGGCUCAUUUGUGCAGGCGAAAGGAACGUGUCUCCUGGAACAGUCCUGUGGGCGCUCUGCCAGGCCCUGUGAGAUCAGAUGGAACGGUGACAUUGUGCUGUCAUUUACUACCUGGUGCCGCGGGAGGUCUCCUGAGGAUGCUUUGUGCCUGUGGCCCCCAUCAUUCUCAUCGUGCUGAAGAGGAAACAUUUAUUCGUGAUUAUUUACCUAACUUAGAAGAAACAUUUAACUUGGCACUAUGGGAAUCCAAGGAUUACUGCAAUUUAUCAAAGAAGCUUCUGAACCUAUCCACGUGAGGAAGUAUAAGGGACAGGUAGUAGCGGUGGAUACAUAUUGCUGGCUUCACAAAGGUGCUGUUGCUUGUGCUGAAAAACUAGCCAAAGGUGAACCUACCGAUAAGUAUGUAGGAUUUUGUAUGAAAUUUGUAAAUAUGUUGCUGUCUCAUGGGAUCAAGCCUGUCCUGGUUUUUGAUGGAUGUACUUUACCUUCUAAAAAGGAAGUGGAGAAGUCUAGAAGAGAAAGAAGACAAGCCAAUCUUCUUAAGGGAAAGCAGCUUCUUCGUGAGGGGAAGGUCUCAGAAGCCAGAGAGUGUUUCAGCCGUUCUAUCAAUAUCACACAUGCUAUGGCCCACAACGUAAUUAAAGCUGCUCGGUCUCAGGGAGUAGAUUGCCUCGUGGCCCCAUACGAAGCAGAUGCGCAGUUGGCCUAUCUCAACAAGGCCGGGAUUGUACAAGCUAUAAUUACAGAGGACUCCGAUCUCCUCGCUUUUGGCUGUAAAAAGGUGAUUUUAAAAAUGGACCAGUUUGGAAAUGGACUAGAAAUUGAUCAGUCUCGGCUAGGAAUGUGCAAACAGCUUGGGGAUGUGUUCACAGAAGAGAAAUUCCGUUAUAUGUGCAUUCUUUCAGGCUGUGACUAUCUCUCAUCCCUGCGUGGGAUUGGCUUAGCCAAGGCCUGCAAAGUACUAAGACUAGCCAACAAUCCAGAUAUUGUGAAGGUUAUCAAGAAAAUUGGACAUUAUCUCAAGAUGAAUAUAACAGUACCAGAAGAUUACAUCAAAGGGUUUAUUCGAGCCAACAAUACCUUCCUCUAUCAGCUAGUUUUUGAUCCCAUCAAAAGGAAACUUAUUCCUUUGAAUGCCUAUGAAGAUGACAUUGACCCUGAAACACUGAGCUAUGCUGGGCAGUAUGUUGAUGAUUCUACAGCUCUUCAAAUAGCACUUGGAAAUAAAGAUAUAAAUACUUUUGAACAGAUUGAUGACUUCAAUCCAGACACUGCCAUGCCUGCCCAAUCAAGAAGUCGUAGUUGGAAUGACAAAGCAUGUCAAAAGUCAUCUAAUAUUAAUAGCAUUUGGCACAGGAAUUAUUGCCCUAGACUUGAGCUGGAUAUUGUUGCAGAUGCUACAAGACUGAAAGAAAAUCCAAGUACUGUAGGCAUUGAACAAGUGAUUAGUACUAAAGGGUUAAAUCUUCUGAGGAAGUCACCCAUUGUGAAAAGACCAAGAAGUGAAGAGCUGUCAGAAGAUGACCUGUUGGGUCAAUAUUCUACUUCAAAGAAGACCAAGAAAAAUAGUUGUGAAGUUAGUAAGUCAUUGAACUCUUCCGACUUGUUUAUGCCUGACCUGGUAAACGGAACUACUAAUAAAAAAAGCUUAAGUACACCACCUACAACAAGAAACAAAUUCGCAACAUUUUUAAAGAGAAAAAAUGAAGAAAGUGGUGCUGUCAUGGUUCCAGGGACCAGAAGCAGGUUUUUUUGCAAUUCUCUGGAUUCUACUGACUGUGUGUCAAAGAAAGCAAGCAGCCAGCCUCUGGAUGAAACCGCUGUCGCAGAUAAAGAGACCAAUGGAAAUGAGUCAGACUGUGUAGAUGGCACGGUGUUGGCUGACACCAGUGUAGCACAUAAUUCAAGUGAGCAGACUGCAGAUGAUGUGACCGUGAUUGCCGCAGACUCUCAGUCUUUGAAAACCAGCAGAUUCACAAGGACCAUCUCACCACCCACUCUUGGGACACUGAGAAGUUGUUUUAGUUGGUCUGGAAGUCUUAGAGAUUUUUCAAGAACACCAAGCCCCUCUCCAAGCACAGCACUGCAGCAGUUCCGUAGAAAAAGCGAUUCUCCCGCCUCUCUGCCUGAGCGUAACGACUGGUGUGAUGUGUCUCAGCUGAAGAGUGAUGAGUCCGGUGAUGAAUCUUACCCCUUACAUGAAGUGGGCUGGUCUUCUCAGUCUCAGGAAAGCAUGGAAUUAUCGCCACACAAUUUAAGUGCAACUAAACUUUCCCAGCCUUCCAGUAAGGAUUCAGAUUCAGAGGAAUCUGAUUGCAAUCUUAAAUCACUUGAUAAUCAAGGUAAUCAGAAAUCCAAGCUACACUUAUUUCAUUUUUCGAAAAAAGACACGCCUCUAAGGAACAAGGUUCCUGGGCUGUAUAAAUCUAGUUCUGUGGACAACCUUUCUACAACCAAGAUCAAAUCCUCAGUACCUGCCAGAGUCAGUGGGCUGAGCAGGAAGCCAACAAGCAUCCAUAAGAGGAAUCAUUAUAAUGCCGAGAACAAGCCAGGAUUGCAGAUAAAAAUCAAUGAACUCUGGAAAAAUUUUGUAUUUAAAAAAGAUUCUGAAAAGCUUCCUUCUUGUAAGAAGCCAGAUCCCCUGUCUCCAGUAAAAGAUAACAUCCAACUAACUCCAGAAGCAGAAGACGAUAUAUUUAACAAUUCCGAAUGUCUGCGUGUUCAGAGAGCAAUAUUUCCAUAAACACAGGCAGCUGGGAGGCUGUCGCCUGCAAGAGAAUCUCUAUCAAUUGGAAAUCCUAUUUGGGAUGAGGCAAUUAUCAGUCUGAAAGAUUUGCUCUUAGAGCUAUGCCAUUUUUAAAAUAGGGUACAUUUUGUUUAUUAACUAUGUAACUGUUUUUGUUCAGCAGCUUUUUAUAUUUUUUGAAAGAAGCUAACUAGAUAAAUAAUUUUUGUUUUGGUAGUUUUUGGAAAUUUUACUGUUAGUUAGGUGAGUCCCUUGGAACUUAUAAAAAUCUACUCUAAAGAUUUCUGUAAUGUCGUCAAGUACAAGGAUGGUAAAUGAAAAACCACAAUUCUGUAAUCAUUUUAUCCUAGAGGAAAUUACUGAAUUUCUCAAAGCUUUAAUUUUUUCCACCUGUCUUUCCUAUCUUUUAUGGUUGAAUUGGAAAUAUAGUUGCUGGGAUUGGAGUGGUAGUCGGAAGGGAUAAAGAUCAUUGUGUAAGUGAGACAGUGUUCUGUUUUCCCUGAAGAGUUUGGUUGGGUUACAGAUUGACAGUAAAGGAAAAUUGCUUUCA